CCAGGACGUGACACCUAAACAUUCUUAUUCCAUGUUGAGAAGCCAGAAAAAGAGCAGCGCGUAGUCGUUCUCCAUCGGGCGAAAUGGAUUCUACCGAGACGAACGAGCGUGGUCGUGGGAAGCCGGCGAUUCGACUCCUGAUCCGCGUCAACCCCGCAGCCGCUUGCUGGAGCGAGUUCGUCACGGGUUAACAUUCCGGAGACCUAAAAUGCCACCGUGCAUCACAUUCAGCCAGUUGACCUCACACCGCCAAAAUACAGCUACGAUGCUGAUUUGCGGCGAUCCUUUUGGACUCAGGGUGGCUAAAUCUCUACCUCCAGAAUUGAGCAGACCCACCCCUGCUGCUAAAGCGAACGUUGGGAUCAUGGUGCUUGGGCGGAUGGUUCAGUUUGCUAUGGACCGGUUGAAGAAAUAUCUGCACCUCUGGCAGAAUUUUCCUGCAAACUUGAUGGCAGCUAUUUUGAAGGGCAUGGCCCAAGGGGCCAUGGCCAUCUUGGAGAAGACAAUGAGACUCUUUGAGGGGGAAGGACUUGGAAGCGAUGGAAGCAAAAUGGAGCAGCAAUACCUGAAAGAUCAUCUAGAAUUUCUCAUUGUGAACAAUAAUGAAAGGUGUACAAUGGAGGCUAUAGAAAGCUUUGUUGAAGAUAACUGCUCUGGUCACUUUCGAAAGUAUCAUUCACCUACCUUUGGAAAAGCUGAGAUGGAUAAUAUAUAUUUGGAAAAAGAAGGCAUUUCUGAACUGUGUGUCAUGAGUCCCUCCAUCUUUCUGAACUGGGAGAGUAAUUGGGAACCUUCAUCAGAAGAAGACAGCAUGGACCUAGAAGACAUCAUGAGCCAGAGAGAGCUCUACAAGGAAGAAUUGGGAGAUUGUAUCCAUCCCCAAAUGAGCUUGGGGAUUGAUGGAUGUUUUGGAAAGAACCUGCCAGGUGACUCCAGCCACCAAGGAGACCUAGAGAACUUUGAAGGGGACCUUUGGCAAAGUUUGGAAAGUACCCCUGUUUCCCAAGAAAGAAAGGACGACCAACUCUUCUAUGAGGAUUUGGCGAUGCAGGAAGAUUAUAGCUUAGAAAAUCCACCUGACUUCCUAAAUGAUGCUGAACAGGUAGAAAUGAACACGAAAGAUGGAGAUGAAGCUGAAGAUGUCCUCAACUCAGAAACGUCAGCCAUGGCCCAGGGUUCCAGAAGCUCCCUUGUCAUGUCCCUGUUCUACAGCCCAUCAGAAGAAGAGACAGAUGAUGAGGAUGAUUCAGAGGACUGGUGGGAUGAGUUGGAAGAGAGUGGAUGCUCCAGAAUGUCUGUAGAGGGCUGUGAUUCAGGAAUGAAAAACUUGCAAUUAAAAGAUGACACGCUACAUGAAGAUGAGAACACAUGUGGCAGUUUCUUUAUGAACAAGGAUCCUUUCCAUCCACUCUGUUUUUCCAAGACCAUUCAGCCUCGCAGGCCCCCCACUGCUGCCCCACCUGAGCCCAAGAAUCAGCAGGAAAUCACAGUCUCUUUUUAUCUGUCAAAGUUGGACUCGAAACCCGAGGAGUCGAUCAAUCCGCCAAAGCAACUAUGGCCCAAAAAGGCCCCAAAAGUGAACCAUAGAUCUUCAGCUCACAAAUGCUGCCAACCAGACUCAAGGAAAAAUGAGGAUCUUUUCACCAAAGAAACACCAACAGUUUCUCAGGAGCAAAACCAGGUAGUCAAGAAGGUUCGAUUCUCUCCAGUGGUCAGGGUCCGUCCAUUGGUGGUGUGGGAUUAUGCGUCCCGGUCUGCACGCCGAGGUCCUUGGGAGGAAAUGGCCCGUGACCGCUGCCGUUUCCGUCGGAGGAUUGGAGAAGUGGGAGGCAUCCUGGAGCCUUGUCUAGGAAUGGAGCACCGGGCUAAAGUAUGGAGAAGGAUCCACGGGGUUCCAGAUUCUUUUCAGGAAGAUGACAGCACGGACACAUCUCUCGUUCCUCCUUCUGCUGCAGCGAAGAAGCUCUGUCUGCAAGACCAGCGAUGAAAUGGCUUUUCAAGGUGAUGACUAUGGAGCAAACAAUCUGUGUUUGAAUUUGGGUAAAAGAUUCUGGAAUUUUGCUAGGCAACAGAAUGAUAGUCAAUUCAAAACCUUCCUAGUACUAAGGAAUCCCGAUGGGAUCUGAAGGCAAGUUGGACAGUGUCACUCCUUCCCAACCUUGCAUUCAUUCAUAGAAGUGGGUGUUUAAACACAGAAAUGUCUCCGUAGUCAUAAUAACCUUUGAAACGCUGUCUACUAGACUACAACAUAGUGAGAUAAAUCGCUCAUCUGGGUUUGGGUUCAAACUUCCCUGUGGGUGAGACUGAGUUUUGUGGUUUGAAGAUGGAGAAAUCAGCUGGCUCUUUUGAUUUCUGAAUAAAGGCACUGAUGUUAAGCUGCUGUUGCUGCCUCAGUUCAGACCUGAAUUAUGUCCACAAUGGUAACAAUGCAAGUUUGUAUGUGUUUGAGAGAGGUUUUGUUUCAAAGGUGGAGUAUUUGCUGUUGCACAUGCAUUUCAUAGGCCUAGUGCAUUGUUGCAACAUUUUUAUUUGAAUUCUUUUGGCAGAGGAGAUGGGGGGAGCGCUCUUUUGUGCCCCCAGACAACUCCUUGUCUUUUAAGUCACUUCUCAACUCAACAUGAUGCCCAGUUCCUGAAAGCCCACACUGUCCCCUAUUCCUGUCAUUGUGAAUAUUUGGUGGGGGGGGUGCUUGUUUUACAAGCUCAGUAUCUCUCAGACAAAGCCUUGAGUAGCUUGUGCCAAUAUCUUGAAGGCACGUUUUCUCUUAAAUUAAAAGUGUUUAUUAAAUUUUUGGUGUGAGCUCCCACUGGUAGGGAGACAGUAUGUUAUUUUUUUUCAUAAUGUAUAAUAAGUACCUGAUCAUUCAUUUGUAUACUCUGUUGUUAUAGUUGUAGCUGCAAUUAUUUUUAUUAAAAUAAUUUAUUUUCCCUCCA